AGCUCGGGCCGCAGGAGAGAGUACGAGGUGAGUCGCCUUCGCUUUCGGCAGGGCCUCUCUCGAUGCCCGCCGUCGCCGUCGCCGCCGCCGCCGCCGCUAUCGUUGCUCGCCGCUCGUUUCCCGAAGGCGGAUAAGCUUCCGCCCGCGUAUCCACGUCGUCGCCGAGGACCCUCUGUCGGUUCGACCUCGCGGCGCGGCCGCCGCCGCCGCCGUCGUCAUCGUUCUUCUCUCUUUCUCUCUCUCUCUUUCCCUCUCUUUCUCUCUCUCUCUCUUUCUCUCGAGCCGAGUACGCCGGUUGAACCAAGUACACCGGAGCCGGGGACCAAGCCGAGCGGGAUGACGCGGAAAAAAUGUGCGCCGUACCAACGUGGCUGAUGAGGCUGAAAUCGAGCCUCUCGCACACCACGGUAGGUCUUAGAGGAUGCACAAGCUAGCCAAAGGCCUGAAGAAGAAGAAAAAGCCGAAGAAGGGCAAGAAGGGCGCGGAGGAGGAAUUCGAUCCGGAGGAGCUCGAGCGUUAUCGGCGCGAACGGGCGGAAGCCCAACAGAAAGCCGAGGAGUCCGGCGAGUCGACCGCCGGUUCCGACGAGUGGAAGAAGUUCCAGGCUCUGACUGCCGGCGUCGACUCGGUUUUGAGAAAGACCCAGGAUGAUCUCGAUCGGAUAAAGUCCACCUCGUUCUUCCAGCGAAAAGCGCCGUUGGAAGAGAAGAAGUCGUUGAAGGCGAAGCAAGGCGAGGACUCCAAGUCCGCGAAGAGGUGGGUGGGUUUCGACGCGGAGGGGAAUCCAAUCGAGGCUGCGCCACCGGAGGUCGACGGUCAAGACAAGAAGAAAGAGGGAAGACCGCUGAUCAACGAGGACGGUUUUGUAGAUGUGCCGGAAGACGAGGAUGAACAGGAGGAUUCCGCCGACGAAGACAUCUUCGACACCACUUACGUUGAUGUUCUUCAGAAUAUCGAUGUUCAAUUAGCUUACAUUCCGGAUAGUCCGACCGAGGAGGAAGCCGGCGACGAUCCGUUCGAUACCACCAACGCUGACAAGGUUCUUAAGACAGUCGACAAAAAGGGCAAUAAAUUAGUCAGUUUAGGCAAUGCCGUGGAAGUACUAUCGGGAAGAAUCGAUCAUGUAAGCACUUGCAAGCUUACCAAAGGGAGGCGACCGAGACUUCAGCAAGAUCUGUUGUUGGACGAUUUCGAAGAAGCGGAACAGCCUUCGGAAGCUGUUGCAACGGAACCAGUGAAUGUAGAGAAAACUCUGCUGGAUGACGAUAGUGAUUUUCCUGACAUUCCUGUCGAUUUGACAAAAUUACCGCCUGUAUUACCAAGACCGGUCACCCCUGUCACCCCUCUUCAGGAAAAUACAACAUCGAUAGCUGCGGAGAAAACUUUGAAUGGUCCAUUGGAUAUCUCUGAAUUCGAGGUGCUAAAGGAGAAGACUGUCUUGGAGGAGAUUCCCGAUUUGGACGACGCCGAAUUCGAUUUGAACGCUGCACCCGAUGAACCAGCUCAUCUCGAGGAGGCCAACGAUCCAUUCGCCGCGAAGGAACCCGAAACGGUCGAUUUUCAAACAGAGAUAAUCGAAGCUAGUUUCGAAGCGGCCACCUUCGUCGACGAAGCCGAUCCAUUCGACACUACAUUCGCGGAUAAUAUUUUGCCGGGUAAGACGGAAUUGAAGUUUAUCGAGAAGGAACUCGAAGAACUGCCCGUUUCGGAAGUAUCUAUAUCCCUGACCGAUCCUGCUGGCUUCAACAGAGAUUAUGAAACAGGCUUGCUAAAAUUGGAUGACGAGGAGAAGAAUGAUCAUGAUAAUCUACAGUUACUUAAGAAGGAUCUAUUAGACGGUUCCACGACUGAUCUUAGCCAGUUAGCGGAUCAACCGAUCGCACCAGUCGAGGAAAUUACGUACGUUGAUCCGUUCGAUACAUCUGCAGUAAAGGAGCUUCCACCUGGCAAAACAGAGCUCAAGGUGCUGGAAAAGGAAUUGCUCGGCGAACAGUCUAACAAUUGCGUUGAAAACGACAACGACGAUGAUGACGACUUCAAUCCGAGAAAGGAUGAGGUGUCAGUAAAACAACCACCUGCGAGACCACCUGCGCCAGUUAAGUCCGUCUUCGAGAUUAAUUUUGACGAAGAGAAUACCAAAGUCGAAGCGAUACCAACGGAUCUCGUGAGGAAAACCUCGCGGCCGGAGGUUCUCGAGUUAGCUCCGACCAAAGCUGUCGCAUUCGAGUUGCCGACUCCAUCGAAGAGACCCGACCUUCUCGCAACCACUGAAGAGGAGAAAACCCUACCUUCCAAGCCGCUAACGCCAUACUACUCACAAAAGUCUAUAGAAGAGGCAUUGCCGUUGGAGGAGGAGGAAGUAGAUGUCGAUCCGUUCGACACAAGUUUCGUCAACAGCGUCGCGCCAGGCAAGACAGAACUCAAGCUCAUCGAGUCGGAGUUGCUGAAGCAGGAAUCUAGAUUGCCUCACAGUUUGAGUGACUACGAUUUCGAUCCAAGAUCCGCUGCGGAGCCGAUCAGAAGGCAGAGCGAUUUUACCGCUACUUCGGUUGCGCCAAGUAGUUUAAAACUCGCGCAGCUGCAGUCGUCUUUGAUACAGAAGGUCGAAGAGGAAGUGAUCGCGAAGCACGAGCCACAGAGGCAAGAGAGCUUGCUAGAUGCUGAAGUCGAAGUUGACGCAAAACCUUUGACACCUAGAAUCGAGAGCAAACCUAUCGAGGAGGAGGAAAUUUCCUACUCAGAUCCCUUUGAUACCUCCAUCGCGACUAACAUCCUUCCAGGUAAAGCAGAAUUAAAAAUAUUGGAAAGCGAGUUAGAACAGAUCCCUCAGCAACCUCCGCCGCGUCCUAUCAAGCUACCCGCUGUGGUGCCAACUAUCCCGGCACCGACAGUUCCGGAAAUAGACGAUUUUGAUCCAAGGGCGAACGAACCGAAAGAGUCUAAGGACUUUUUGUCCUUGGACGGGCAGGAUCCCGGAGAUAAAGUACUAACGCCGCUCCAAAAUAAAGACUUUAGUUUAGACGACGACGUGGAUCCUUUCGAUACAAGCUUCGCGACUAUCGAGCCUGGACAAACUGAAUUAAAGCUGCUCGAGUCAGAAUUGAUGAAAUUCCAAAGAUUUCGCUCAAAUUUUAUCGACCGUUAUAAUAAACUCUUCAUUGAAGAAUCUCUAGUCGGCUUAUCGAGUUCGAUCAUCAUGGAUUCCAAAGGCGGUAAUCCAUUCUUGAUGGAUGAUUACGCGGCGCCGCCAGAGAGCGGCCUGCCUCCGCAGAGUUCUAACCCUUUCCUUCAAGAUUUUGCCGAAACGACGACUUCCAGCGCGGGCGAGAAUAUUUUUCUUAAUUUCGGUAGCGAUGAGACAUACGAGCCACCGGUGUCCAUCAACUCUACUAAUCCGUUCGCCUCCUUUGGCAUCGAAAGUAAUGUUCCGGACGCUGGGUUCGGAACGACCACCGAUAUUGAUACGCCAGCAACCAACGUCUUCACUAGCCAAUCAUCCAAUAUCUUUGUCACGUCCGACAACGCGAAUGUAGAUCUAUUCGGUACGAUUACGACGACAACGACAACGACGACGACCAUGACGACGACGGUGGAGAAACAACCGGCGACAAUUGUCAGUCCGCCGCAACAACUGGCGUCAACGCCUCCAUCAAGGAAUGGAAAACCACCGUCGAGACCACCGCCGCCCAGACCGCAGCCACCGCCGGUGCCACCCGCUAAAAACACAAAAGACCUGAUACUGUCAGUUACGGGUGCUAUGGAUGCCACUUCGAAUCAUCUUUUAGAUCGCUUGCAGAUGACUAGAACGCCCAGCCCGACGCUGAUGCAUUCCCCAUCGCCUACCCCAGAGCACAGUUUCGCCGAUCUGCUGGACGUCGAUAGCAACGUGCCGGAUCUUAUUCCGGAUGACAACAUCAAGACUAUUGAACCUGCGGGCAAUCGAGAUAUCAUGGAUCUCUUCGAUGCGCCAAACGCAGAUGUCACCGCGUCCACCAUCUUCUCCACUUCCAUGACUACCACGGGCACCACCAGCCUCGUCACUGGCAUAACCGCCAUGCAAGACAAUCCCUUCGCAAGUAUGAGCGAGGAAGCGGCGCUUCCAGUCUCCCAAGCACAACCUGCUUUCGGAAUGGAAUAUCCAAAGGAUACCGUCAGUAGUGAAAAACGGCCUUCGAUAACUUCCAGUCCUUUUGCGGAUAUCGAAACGGAAGUGAGAAGACCUAGCGCUGUUUUAGAUCUCACGGAACCUGCUCCUCCUGUUCAACCUGCAUCGGCUACUGAACUCUUCCAAGGAGAAGAGCAAGUUUCUGCCAAUACUGAUGUCAACUUUUUCUCCAUGACCGACACUACCACAGCAACGCCGUUCGGUGUACCUGAAGUCACCUCCGCGCCUUUCGCAGCUGCAGCGACUGCUCAGCCCUUGUUCGCGACGUCAGAGAUCACGCAACCCGUUCGGGAUGUUUUCGCCUCGGAUCUGCUGGGUGAUUUCGGUGAAUCGACCAAAGAGAUUGAUAGCGGUCUAAUAUCCACUAGUCCGAUUCCUGGAACAGAGUUUCCCGGCAAUGAAGCUUACCGACCCGAAGAGCAGCUGGAUAACUUUGCCGCUACGACUAAGGCGAUCGAGGAUACCGGCGAUUCGUUCGAUGCCUUUGCAUCCAAGUUUGAUAAAGCCGCCGAACCGGAAAUCAACGGGGGAGAUCCCUUCCUGGAUGCCUUCGGUGGCGGACCGACCGCCAUGGACACUUCUAGCGAUGUUUGGGGAGAUUCAUCAGUGGCUGGCUCGGAAACAGCAGUUACCGGUUUCGGUGAAUCUGACGGUUUCGACUCCUUCUUGAGCAUGACAGCUCCGCCGCCAGACACGAAAGUGAAGAGGGCCGAGUCUGCAGAGUCGGAUGAGGGACCGGAUUUCAGUGUAUUUAUCAAACCGAAAGAAGGGGAUCAGAUGGCAAUGACAGAAAGCGGGCCUGUACCUACCUUAGCACCACCGCCUAAGAGUCCGCAGGUGGUUGCGUACACGGAUUCCUCACCGCGUUUCAAUCCGUUCGAUAAAUCCGGAAUUGCGCAGGAUGCUGCGGUAUCCGAAACCGCUCAAACAGCCGAGAUGGCUAGGACAGAUUCCCAGGAAACUCCGCCUACUCCUUUAUUCGACGAGGACGUUAGUCAACCGCUCGAGGACUUUCCGAGGGUAACUUAUAUCGGAGACGGUUGGGAGAUGCAGUUGCGACAGCCGAACAAGAAGAAAAUCACAGGGCAACGAUUCUGGAAGAAGAUAUUCGUCAAACUUGUUUAUCAAGCCGACAGUCCAAUCCUCCAGCUAUUCAAUAAUAAGGACGAUAAAGAUCCGUUUCAAGAAUUACCUCUGCUCACUUGUUAUUCGGUUUCGGACAUCGGCGCCCAGCAAUUCGAUCAGUACGGAAAGAUCUUUACGGUGAAAUUGCAAUACAUCUUCUACAAGGAGAGGCCGGGCGUGCGACCCGGCCAGGUUACGAAAGCGGAAAGGAUCACGAACAAGCUGAGCCAGUUUGCGGCUUACGCUAUACAAGGGGACUAUCAGGGCGUUAAAGAGUUUGGCAGUGAUCUGAAGAAACUGGGUCUUCCUGUUGAACACGCACCUCAGAUCUCGCAGCUAUUCAAACUCGGUUCCCAAUGUUACGAGGACAUGAAACAAUUCUCCUGCGCCAUUGAAGAGGCUCUCUUCAGGUUACCGGCGAUCCGCGAUCGAGCACUAAAUUACAAAAUGGAAGAAGUCCAGAUAACGGUCGUAGACGAGUUGUAUGUUGAGCAAAGUUCCGAGGGUCACGUAGACAAACAGAUCGCACGUGUUCGUCUUUUCUUCCUGGGAUUCCUUUCUGGUAUGCCUGACAUAGAAUUAGGAAUAAAUGAUAUGUGGCGACAAGGUAAAGAAGUCGUCGGCAGGCACGACAUUAUUCCGGUCGUAACGGAGGAAUGGAUUCGUUUGGAGAAUGUCGAGUUCCACUCCUGCGUACAGCAGGACGAGUAUGAAAAAUCGCGGAUAAUCAAGUUCAAGCCGCCUGAUGCAUGUUACAUUGAAUUGAUGCGGUUCCGUGUAAGGCCGCCUAAAAACAGAGAACUGCCGCUUCAGCUAAAAGCUGUUAUGUGCGUUACUGGGAACAAGGUGGAGUUGAGAGCGGAUAUUCUCGUGCCGGGUUUCGCAUCCAGGAAACUGGGCCAAAUACCAUGCGAAGACGUGAUGGUUCGCUUUCCUAUACCCGAAUGUUGGAUUUACCUCUUCAGAGUCGAGAAGCACUUCAGGUACGGCUCGGUGAAAUCGGCGCAUAGGAGAACCGGAAAGAUCAAGGGUAUCGAGAGGUUCUUGGGUGCUGUCGACACGUUAGAACCGCAGUUAAUGGAGGUCACUUCCGGUCAGGCAAAGUACGAACAUCAGCAUCGCGCUAUCGUCUGGAGGAUGCCUAGGCUGCCUAAAGAGGGACAAGGCGCAUAUACGACGCAUCAGCUGGUUUGCCGUAUGGCUCUUACAUCCUAUGAUCAGAUCCCCGAAAAUCUCUCGGAGUACUGUUACGUGGAGUUCACGAUGCCGGCGACCCAGGUCUCCCAUACCACCGCGAGGAGCGUCAGUCUCCAAAAUAGCGACAGUGAUUCGCCUCCGGAGAAGUAUGUCCGAAAUUUAUCGCGUCACGAGUACAGGGUGGGAAUCGAGCAUACGCAGGGCGAAGGGCCGGGUGCUUACGUUGCGGCGACAAUCGCGAAGAAGAUACCGGAAAGCACGCCGGAAGCUCACAGCGAGGCGUCCGACGCGGCAGCCGAAUCUGAUUCCGAUUCCUCGGAGUAAUGCGAAUAAUCUCGGUCGCUGGAUCGACAUGGAUCGAACGUCGUACUGUAAUAAUUAGCGUAUACCGCCGAGACGAGAAAGAAAGAAGGAGGGAGAGGGAGGCAAAAGAGAGACGCAAGAGAAACUAAAGAGGACGCGUUACGUAAGUCGAGAUCGGUGAGGAGCAUAUGGCCGAGUCUAGUCGUUUAUAAGACGUGAAUAUAAAUACUGUAUCAUGUAUUAAUCUGUAUACAGAGAGAAAAUGUGCGCGCGAACGCGGGGAUGUUUUGUAAAUCGCCGAUAAAUUGCGGAUAAUCUCUUUCUGCACAUGUGUGCGAGAGCGUAAUAACUUUGCGCGUUAAGUUAACGUUCGAAAUUAUGGACGAAUAAAAUGGAAGCAGGUCAGCAGAGAUCUGAGCUCAGUCGAUUUACCAGGAAGCAUCUUCAAAAAUGUGGCACACAAGAACACGCAAAUUAUCCUAAAACUGUGUACGAUCAGAGUCACGUAGAUCGCGAGAAUAAAUCGUCUGAGAUCUUUCAUUCACCGAAAAAAAAUAAAGGGAGAUUGUUCUUGAUUUUUAGACAUUUUCGCAUCUAUUCGAUUUUCUUAGGACUGGAUGAUGCUUUUAUUUCAAUUGGAUCUGUAAGACGUAGCAAAAUAAUAUUACAAGCAGGCGAUUCGCGAUGCAUUUCGUCCGUAUUCGCGCGCGAUAAUUAUAGUGGUUAUAAUGAAAAGUAAAGUAAAAAAAGAAGAAAAUUUGUGAAAAAUGGAAGGACAAUACCGCUUUUUCGUUCCGUUUAGCUUGUUAAGUCGUAACACUCGCGAUGGAAAGCUUUGUGUUCAUUGUGAUACACGUUCAUGAUGACGUUUCAAAGGCUCAUCGACAUUUUGAAUCGCGAUUAUAACAAUGAAAAUUCAUUAUUGACGAUUAAACAUUCGCGUGCUUUUUUAAACAGUCGGAUCGUAAAUAUUACACUUCAUUUUCCGUCCAAAAACUUGCAUCAGAAUUAUUUAAAUCUAGCUUCCAAAACUCUUCUUUCCAUCUAUCACAAGGCUGACUAUUUCCACAAAUUAUUAGAUUAUCAAUUGAUCAUAAAACAUGAUGUAA